CACUGACGGUGUUAUCACAGCCAGGGGGCGCCAGCAGCACCGACGGCUCGCAGAACGAGGAGCGUAAGAGAUUUCGCAAGCGGCCGGAUUCCGCAGACGCUAGCCAUCUAACGAAGAGUCCCACAUCGAAAGCUGUAGACGCAGACUCGCGCAGCACUCCGGCAGCAGCAGACGACGACACCACCCCCGCAGACAUGGGGAAAACAUUCUCCAAGAGACCCAGCUCCCCAAAGUCCCCCAAGUCAAAAAACAAGAAGAAAGAUGCGAAAAAAGGGAAGAAGGAGGAGGAGGCGGAGGAGCCAGAGCGGGUCGUGGCGGAAGAAGCAAGCAAGUCUGCCACUGGAGAGGUCAGGGAGCAGGCCACUGACGAUUCGACGCUAGAGAAGGAAUGCAAGGCCCUGGAGAAGACAGAGAGAGACAUGGAGGAACAGCUUCAGAAGCACGUGCAGAACCACGAGGCAGAGGCAGCGGCGCCCUCUAUCGACGGCAAACCAAAGCUUGUCGACACGUCGACUUUCCCAAGCAGCAGCAAAGGGGGGCUGCCAAAGUCACUCGAGAAGACGGCAGUGGUGCCGGCGGCCCAGGAGCCAUCAGAUCCGACGCCGCGGCGGCAGAAGCGUGGCGACGAUGUGGCAGACAAGAAGGCUGCUUGGCUGAGCAUUCCCAGCAAGGCUGAGCAGAGACCCAAGUCUCCCGGCGAGGCACGCCUCAAAGCCAUCGACGCGAAAUUCGUCGCGUCGAAAAAGGGCGAGGAUGCCGGCAAGAGGUUGGAGCAGACGCCUUCGCCAAAGCUCACGACACCAAAUAAAGCCACCCCAAGUAAUGCUACCCCAAUUGCACCCACCCGAAAUAAAACGACCCCAAGCAAAGUUACUCCCAGCGGUGCAACCGCGACCACAAAAGCCGCAGUGGGGUUUAAAGGCGGCGAGGUCGAUAGCAAGAAAAAUGAACAGGCGCCGUCGCCGAAACCCCUAGUCCCAAGUAGCCUGACCCCUAAAGUUGCGGUUGUUGCUAAGACGACGGAUGCCAGCAAUGUAAGCCAUGGUUCGCUACCUUCACCAAAGUCCCUGGUCCCGAGCACGGUGACAGCUAAAGCUCCAGCCAAGGCUGAUACCGACGAGACCCCUAGCAAGAAAAGCGAGCAGUCGCCAUCUUUGGCGUCCCCCACCCCAAGUACUGAGGCCCCGAAAGCUGCCCCCAUAAGUAAACCUGAUGCGCAGUCCCCCGCCCCCCAGAAACCCUCACCGUCCCUUGAAAGCACGCCGGUAGUUAAACUGACACCUCGACCCGGAAAGCCUGUAGUGAGCGAACCUGUGUUAGAGCCACAGAUGCGCACCAAGCCGUUGGAGUCCGCGUGGCGCGCGAAACCCAAAAACACGAGCAAACCAGCAGCUGAGGCGCGGCGCCCGGACGCUGCCUCCACUGUGAAGACGAAAUCUAGUCCAGCCAAUCGAGCGUCAACCGUCGCCGGGAAGGAGCCCGUCAUCGACGUGAGGCAGCCAAUCACGUCGGGAGCGAAGACAGCGAGUCACGAGACGUCUGUAUCGGACGCGCAGCGACCCGUCGUGAGCGAGGCCACAGCGGCCGGGGGUCGCGACCCCGACCCCAAGAUGGCGGCCUUCCAUCCGGUGCAGGAGCAGCCGAAACUCACGGUGAAACACGCCGUCAAGGUGGGAGCGUUCACCAAGGGCGACGACGCGGCGACGAAAGCGGCGCCACCUACGACGGAGAAAACCCGCGAGUUGCAACCCGAAUCGAAAUCGGCGAGCAAUGUGCCGGCAGGUGGCGCUGGCGGUCUGCGGGUCGAGGCGGACGUGGCGCGGCCGCUCAGCAGCGAGUUUAAAAAAUCGCCCAUUUACGAGCCGAUCCAACUGUCGAGCGACAAUGCGCACGCGCCACCCUACAUGCAACAGUCGGCGACUCUUGAUCCGGGGCGGGCGUCGCAGCAGGAGGCUCCCCCUGGUGGUCAGCAGAAAUCCACAACGCUGCCGGCUAAACUAGAACCGGAAGUGAUGCCUAAGGUGGCAGCACCGGAGGAGUCGAUCGACGAGUUUGUGUCCGCGGAUAGCGACACGACCGGGGAAUUCGAGUCUGUGUCUGAGACACUAUCCGGAGCGAUCCCGGCCGCCUCAGGCCUCAAAAAACCAGAUUCUCCUCCCGAGAAAACGACGCAAGACGGCGCCACUGUCGGCCGGCGACUUUCGGGCGACGCGCGUUCGCCAGAGCGGAAGAAAGGCAUCCUGAAGUCGGCCGCGAAGCUAGGCGACGCCGCAAAGUCGCCCGAGCGGCGCCCCGUCCGCAUGACAACGCCAGAGGGCGCCUCCGUCGACGACGAUCUGCCAAAGUCGAUCCUGAAGUCAGCGUCGUUCGACGACGACGUGGACCGGCCGUGUAGCCGCAGCCGUAGCCUCGAGGAACCCAAGUCCAUCCUGAAGCAGGGCAGCGGCAGCGGCGGCGGCGGCGGGGGCAGCCGCGGCACGGACAGCGACGAGGCGGCGGAGGUCACCUCCAUCCUAGUCCGGCGCCGCUCCAGCGGCAGCGACGCCGAGCGACGAUCCAUCCUGAAGUCUACGUCGCCGUCCCCAGCGCCGGCGCCCUCUAUCCUGAAGUCCCGCAGCAGCAGCUUGACGUCAGCGGACGGCGCGCCCGUCUCCAUCCUCAAGGCGCGAUCGACGGAAGACGUCGAGGAGUGGCCGCACUCCAUCUUGAAGCAGAGUAGCGCUCCCACGCAGCCGCAGCCCGUCGGAAUCCUCAAGACUCCGGAAAGGUCCGAAUCGGAAUCGGAAUCAGAAUCCGAGUCGGAGUCGGAGUCGGAGUCGGAGUCGGAGUCGGAUUCGGACGUUUAUCGUGGAGCGGAGCGGGCGCGCGCGCUGCGGGAGCGUGUUGCGAUCAUAUCUGUCGCGGAGGGUGCCGCGCCCGAGCUCGCCUCCAUCCUCUCACUGCGGCGCGAGCGCGAGGACCUCCCCGAGGACGACGUCAAGCGCGUGCUCGACAGCGGCAAGGAGAAGCCCGGAGCGAGGCGCCCCGGCGAGGAGGAGGUGCCGGGGGAGGAGGAGGAGGGGGAGGCGGCCGUGCGCGGGGCGGGCCGAGAGCUCGAACCGAAGCUGCGGCAGCGGCAGGAGGCGGUCGUCGCCGGCGACGCCGGAUCGGCGAUCGACACGCGUUUCGAGCAAGCGCGCGUCGCGAAGCAAGCGAGCCUCGAUGCGGACGAGGUCGCCGUGGCAACGAGCGGCGCCGGGAAGGAGCUUGCGCCAAAGCUGCUGCAGCGUUACGGCGCCGAGGCGACGGACAUCGACGAACGCAUACAGCGCGGAAAGCAGCCGCCGAGCGCCGUGGCGACGAGCGGGGCGGGGAAGGAGCUCGCACCGAAGCUGAAGGAGAGGUUAGAGCGCUCCGUGCUGUCGGACGAGGAAGACAUGAUCGAUCUGAAGAUCCAGCAGGCGCGCACGCAGAAGAAGGACAGGGAGGAAGGGGAUGAGGAGGAGGAGGGGGAGGAGGAGGAGGAGGACAUACGGGCAGCGUGCCACGAGCUGCAGCCGAUCCUGAAGAAACGGCGCGAGUUCGCUCGUAAGGCGCUCAGCAUUGACGACAUCGACGAGAGGUGGCGCCACAUGGCGGCAUCCGGCAGCAGCUCGGACACGGACACGGUGCCGGCAGGGGGCGCGUCGGCCGAGCUGGCGGAGAGGCUGCAGCUGAGGAGGAAGAGGGAGGAGGAGCUGCUACAGCAACAGUCAGUGUCCGGGGAUGAGGGAGGUGAGGUGGCCUGUCCCGUCGAUGCCAUCGUUGCCCUGAAGAAGCAGCUGCAGAGGCAGGAGCAGGAGGAGGUGAAGGAGGAAGCUAUCGACGAAGGAGUAGAGGAGCCACGCGAGGUGUCCAUUCAGGAGAGGAUCACCCGCAUGCAGACAAAGCUGGAGAAGAGUAACAGUGGGGUGUCAACUCCCGGCAAAACGGCAUCGUCGAUCUUCAGAAGGCCGACAUCGGAACUAGACGACAAGUACAAUCGUCUGCUGAAGGAGUUUCCGGUCGUGUCAGACGAACAGCUGCUGUGCCGUGUAGCUGAUCCGAGGUCUGAGGUGCAGGACCGGUCGCGUAGGCAGCGGCGGCACGACCGUACGAGUGAGCGCUACCGCACACAGCCCAUCACGUUUGGAGAACACGGCGUUGUGGACCCUAGUGAUAAGGGUAAGGAGGCUCCAUCCGAGUUCAAGACAGAGGUGCUGAAGAAGUCGGCCGAGGUGAACGUGUUUGAGCAGAGAGAACAGGAGCUGAAGAAGAGACCAGUGCUCGGCUUCCCCAGCACCCAGCAGCAAGAGUUCCCGCAACCCUUCAGGUGA